AUGGCGCUAAGACCGUUACAUUUAUUGCUCGCUGUUGCCUUGCUCAUGAUAUACUUUGAGACGACAUCAUCAACUGAAGAGAACGAGGUUUAUGCUCCGGAAGAAAACGAAUUAGAAACUGUGGAUGAGCUGGUACCUCGCUCGCCGGGCAGGAGACGUCAUGGGGGACAUACAGCGCACAGUCGACAUGUGGGACAUAGUCGACAUCAUGGACCCCGUCGACGUGUGGGACACAGCCGACGCAUGGGAUUCCGUAGAAUAUCACGCAAACCACGAAUACGGGUGCGUCGUCAAAUACGCGUGCAUCGUCCAGGUAUUGUUGGAGUUUUUGCGAUACUUAGUUCAAGUCAAUAUAGAAUUUAUAACAUUAAUAUUAACUAAUUAAUCUAUUAAUUAAUAGAUUUACUGUAUGAUUGAUUAUUUGAUAGUUGGUUAAUUAGUUAGUUGAUUGAUGAAGAACAAUGAAGAAGCCUCCAUCACCGUCAACAUGUGAUAAUAGAUAGCUUAAGAUCUGCGACGUCGACGUCAGCUAGGACGUCAGGGCUAUGCAGAGGACUGGGACUAGGAUGUAGUCCCAGUCCUCUGCUUAGCCCUGACGUCCUAGCUGACGUCGACGUCGUAGAUCUUAAGCUAUCUAUUAAACUUGCAGAGUGGAACUCCAAUAUCGUUUGAUCACUUAUUGAGUUUUUAUCUCUAUAAGGUCUAUUGAUUAACUCACAAUUUUAGCAACCAGCUCAUAUUAGUAAAUUUAUUAAUAGUAAUUAUUUUAUUACCUAGAUUAAGUUAAAUAUACAUGCAUUGUAAUUGUUUUAAUGAAAGUUUCUAUAUAAAAGAAAUUAUUAAAAAAAAUUGAUUGAUGAAAUAAUUAAUUGAUUUAUUGAUUUACAGUUUGAGGAAUUAAUAGAGUGAUUGAUCAAUUGAUAAUUCAUUUAUUCUAUUUUAUUUAUUUAUGGCGGGGACAUCACAACAGUUAAAACCAAUUAUUGUGGUCCCUUUUAACAUAUAAGUUACAUACGAAUAUCUAGAAACAACAGUUGAUAACAUUGUUCAAACUUCGACAAGAAUUAGAAUUUAAACAUACAUAUCUCCAUGCUCUUGGGUCCUCUGCAUCAAAACAACUGUGCAGGGCUUUCGAGUAAUAGUCUCGUAACAAUUUCUUAAAUGUACUUAAACAUAUAUUAGGAUGUUCAACUAAAGUGAUGUCUUUACUUAAGUCUGUUGGAAGACAAUUAUAAUGAUUAUAUCUAUAAUUUAUUUGUAUUUUCAUCAGGGCCUGUCCGUAAUCCCUGUUAUCCCUGGCCUUGUCGAAAUGCAGGAGUUUGCCUGAAGGUUAGAAGAGGCAGGCAUAAAAAAGCUUAUACUUUCAAGUGCCUAUGCAAACGACCAUUCUUUGGAACAAGAUGUGAAAGAAGUAAACUUUAUUUCUGCUAUAUUUGUUUAUAAUUGUAAAAUAAGUUCCUUCUAGUUUCAAAUUAUAAUGAUUAUAUAUAUUAUUAUAUUUGUUUAGAAUUGCAAACUGAUAAGUUCCUUAUAGGUUAAAAUUAUAAUGAUUAUAUCUAUAAUUUAUUUGUAUUUUCCUCAGGGCCGGUCCGUAAUCCCUGUUAUCCAUCGCCUUGUCGAAAUGCAGGAGUUUGCCGGCUGAAGGUUAGAACAGGCUGGUAUAAAAAGGUUUAUACCUUCAAGUGCCUAUGCAGACGACCAUUCUUUGGAACAAGAUGUGAAAGAAGUAAACUUUAUUACUGCUAUAUUUGUUUAUAAUUGUAAAACAAGUUCCUUGUGGGUUAAAAAUUAAAUGUUUUGUUUUGUGCAAAACACCGCAUUUGAUUAGUUCGCGGCAGUAUAUUUUGAACUUUUUAAUAUUUGAUACAUUUCUCAGUGGGCAAACGCACAAAAUUAAAAAAUAUGUUUCGAAGGAACUAGACAGGCUCAGUUCCGAAAUAUCACCGACCUGACCGCGUAGCUCAGUUGGCAGAGCAUUGGGCUAGUAUUCCAAAGGUCGUAGGUUCGAUUCCCACCGUGGCCAGGCAUAUUUUUCAAGCCUGCCCGGUGUGGAUAUACACUCAGAGUAACAUCACAAGCAUCUUAUUCACCUGAGUACACUACACCAACACAGCAAAUAUGUUUAGAAAAGCUUAUCUGUAAAAAUAACAUGUUAAAAUCAAGAGAUUUUAGAUGCUACGCCACGAGAAAAUGAUGUCUUAAGUUCAUGACAAGAAGUUUUGCAUGUAUAUUGCUGUAAAUAUGGGUUCAAUUUAUUAUAGAAAAAAUGCAUCUUAAAAAUACCGGGGACAUAGUCUACCACUCAUGACAAGCUCCAGUUUAAUCCCUGAUUAUAUUUUUGUCUAUUUCUAUAGAACCGAAUCCCUGUGAUUCAUCCCCGUGCAAAAACGGUGGAAUUUGUUCAAACAAAGGAGCCUCGUUCACAUGUCAAUGCAGAAAUAAUUACAUUGGAAGGACUUGUGAGACAAGUAGGAUGUAUUUUGAUUAAUUAAGAAAAUGUGUUUCUGAAUUUUUUUGUAAAUCUUUUUGCUUCCUAUAAAGCCCGCGCAAACUUCAUAGAAAAAUAUGCAUCAUAUAGAAACAAAAUGCAUCUUAAAAAUACCAGGGACAAUAAAUAGUCUACCAGAUUAUAUUUUUGUCUGUUUCUAGAACCGAAUCCCUGUGAUUCAUCCCCGUGCAAAAACGGUGGAAUUUGUUCAAACAAAGGAGCCUCGUUCACAUGUCAAUGCAGAAAUAAUUACAUUGGAAGGACUUGUGAGACAAGUAGGAUGUAUUUUGAUUAAUUAAGAAAAUGUGUUUCUGAAUUUUUUUGUAAAUCUUUUUGCUUCCUAUAAAGCCCGCGCAAACUUCAUAGAAAAAUAUGCAUCAUAUAGAAACAAAAUGCAUCUUAAAAAUACCAGGGACAAUAAAUAGUCUACCAGAUUAUAUUUUUGUCUGUUUCUAGAACCGAAUCCCUGUGAUUCAUCCCCGUGCAAAAACGGUGGAAUUUGUUCAAACAAAGGAGCCUCGUUCACAUGUCAAUGCAGAAAUAAUUACAUUGGAAGGACUUGUGAGACAAGUAGGAUGUAUUUUGAUUAAUUAAGAAAAUGUGUUUCUGAAUUUUUUUGUAAAUCUUUUUGCUUCCUAUAAAGCCCGCGCAAACUUCAUAGAAAAAUAUGCAUCAUAUAGAAACAAAAUGCAUCUUAAAAAUACCAGGGACAAUAAAUAGUCUACCAGAUUAUAUUUUUGUCUGUUUCUAGAACCGAAUCCCUGUGAUUCAUCCCCGUGCAAAAACGGUGGAAUUUGUUCAAACAAAGGAGCCUCGUUCACAUGUCAAUGCAGAAAUAAUUACAUUGGAAGAACUUGUGAGACAAGUAGGAUGUAUUUUGAUUUAUUAAGAAAACGUAUUUAUGAAUUUUUUUUGUAAAUCAUUUUGCUUCCUAUGACGCCUGCGCAAACUUCAUGGAAAAAAAUGCAUCGUAUAGGGGAAAAAACAUCUUAAAAUUACCAGGGACGUAGUCUACCACUCAUGACAAGCUCCUGUUUAAUGCCUGAUUAUAUUUUUGUCUGUUUCUAGAACCGAAACCGAAUCCCUGCGAUUCAUCCCCGUGCAAACAUGGUGGAAUUUGUUCAAACAAAGGAGCCUCGUUCACAUGUCAAUGCAGAAAUAAUUACAUUGGAAGGACUUGUGAGACAAGUAGGAUGUAUUUUGAUUUUUACGAAUCAUAGUUCAAGCAUGCGUAGAACUUGGAAACAUUUCUACCGAAACAUUCGUACAAACGCUUCCAGAUUGUGGACAACCAGACGCUUUGGAAAGGAAAUGUGUUUCAGAAUUUUUUUGGAAAUCUUUAACACCAAAUGUUAUCUGCACAUUUUUUGUUUAUCAGUACUAUAAUUCAUCACUGCACAAAUUGGUUAUUACACUAAAAUUAGAUAAGGACUUUGGUGAAUAUUGAAGGAAAGCAGUCAAAGUUUUCAAACUUUUCCCAGCCUAAAUUAGGCUUCCAACUUGGAUGUAGAGGUCUAAGACUCUUCAUAGGAGGUGCUGACGUAUGGAGCUUAUGCAAGCAUUUAUUUCUUUUCUUGAAGUACAUGCAGCGAAAUAAAAAUUUUAAAAUAAUGAACAAUGUUUCCAAGACAUCAAAACUGCAUUGGUCAAGCAACGUCAGGCAAAACUUUGUCUGCCCCCCUAUAUUUUUUCCUCGUUACCGUAAAUUCUGAUAUAUUUCUAUUUUCUGUGUCUUUUUUCUUGAUCUAGAACCACCCAAUCCCUGCAGUCCUAAUCCUUGUCUCAACCAGGGUGUUUGUCACGUGAUUGGAAAUGGAUUCUCUUGUAAAUGUCCGCUAUUGUUUGGCGGGUCAAGAUGCCAAGAUGAACAAUGUAAGAUUAUUAUCCAUUGUAGUGAAGAUGUAGGGGAAAAUACUGUUUGUUUAGUUGCUUGGCGUGUUUUCUACAUUUAUAAAACAUUAAAUUGUUGUUAUGUAAUUGGAUGAUUAUUAUCACGUGGUAUUAAAAACAUUACUAUUUUAAAACAGUAUAUACUAUAUUUCGAUUAAAACUGUGGCAAUUGAUACACCAGGCGGAAAUCUUAACUUAAAGAUAAAAAGCAGAGCCCAGAAAGCAGAGAAAGAACGAAGAACAAGAACGAAAAAGAGAAAGAAAGAAGAGCCUAGAAAGAAAGAAAGAGAGAGAGAAAGAAGAAAGAGCAAGAAAGAAGAAGUGCAAGAAAGAAGAAGAGCAAGAAAGAAGAAGAGCAAGAAAGUUGAAGAGCAAGAAAGCACAGCCCAGCCUCGUUUUUAUUACGUUUGGUUUGAAAGUUAUUUGCUGGGCUCUGCUUUUUAUCUUUAAAUUAAUAUUUCGAUUAUAUACAGUGGACAUAAUGGCGCAUUCGAAUCGAUUAUAUACAUAGUAUAUAUCAAUCUGUCAUCGCCUUAUGAUCUGACUCUAUACAAUAUCUUCAAGGCAUGUUUUCUCAAUCUUCUUAGCAUCUUGUACAGCGGCUGGUGACCCGCAUUACACAACAUUUGAUAAUAAAAAGAUCAACUUCCAAGGAAAAUGUGAAUACAUCCUCGCAGAAGAUUGUAGUGCCAGCAAAGCAUUCCGAGUGUGGACCAAAAACGUGGCAUGCGGGCGCACAGGUCGUGGUGCAUCUUGCGUCUCUUUUGUAAGGAUUCUGAUUGGACGCGACGAAAUAAAACUGACAAGAAAUCUGCGCACAGCCAUUGUGAAUGGAGCCAAGGUCACGCGAUUCCCUUUUAAACGAAGAGGUAGUUAUGUCCUUACAUUUGUCCUUAGAGCGACCGAAAAAAAAAGCUCAUUAAUAAUUCAUAAAGAAAAGACAAAGGAAAUCGCUACCAUGUUGGUGGUUUUAUAUCUGAUAAAAAAUCAUGUAAACUUUAACUUUGAUUUUCUCGACUUAGACAACGUUAAUUUUUAAAAUUACUUCGCCAGUAAACUCAUAAUUUAAUUUGUAUAUUUGUUUACACGUACAUACUCUUUUUCAAUUAUAGGAUUCGUUAUAACAAACCCAACAGAGAGAUGGCUUCAUGUAGUAACAACCAUCGGAGUAAGAGUGAAUUGGGAUUGCCGCAAUCGUGUAACGGUGGUGGUUCCGGGUCGAUUCAAGGGGAAAACAUGCGGGCUUUGCGGCAACAACAACGGAAAUACUGCGGACGAUACAAUCAACGUCGCUGAUUAUCCGUGUGUGCCUCCUGAUAAAAAUUGUAUCGCAACUGCUGAUGCCGCGCCAAUAGUAGAGAAGUGUAACCUAAUGAAAAACGCACCGUUUACCGCAUGCAAUGACGCAGUCGAUCCCACAAAUUUUAUAGAAGACUGCAAGUAUGAUGCGUGUAGGUGUGAGGACCCAAUGCAAUGUGUAUGUAAUUCAUUUGCGGCUUACAGUCAGAGUUGCAGUAGGAAUGCUGUCGUCUUGGAUUGGAGGUUUAGCGGAAGACACCUGGUUCCAGCAUUAUCUCAGUGUGGUAAGGUGCUGUUUACAUAUGUUCCCGCUUUUCCGGGACGAGAUGUGAGGCAGGGUGAUUUUGAUGUAUUAAACAAAACUCACGGUGCACGAUUCAGCAAAACUAUCGAACAUUAUUUUUCAAGUGAUUACAGUAUAUUCGCAAACAAAUGGGUUAUUCAGGCCAAGCAAUAAUAAUCGUCAAUUUGAAUUACGAUCGAGAUCUUCUUCACAACAUUCCAGUUCUUUCAAAUCGGCGUUUAGACUAACAUUCGUUUAAGCCUAAUGAUUUAUUUCAAUACAUCAAAAUCAUCCAGCCUUCCAUGCCGUCCUGGCAAAGCUGUGUCUAAAUCCGAUGAGAGAUAAGAGAUUGGUCUUUUCGCGAAGGGUCCAUCUCAUUAUUAAUUUAAAAAACUCUUAGUCUCGGUUUGUUAUAUUUCACUCAGGGUUAAAAUGCGAAGCAUUUAAGACGCUCCACUCAGGUUUGUUUUUGUUUUUUACGUACUCUCAGUAGCAAACAUGUCUCUUACGAGUUAAUCAUUUCAUUCUUUUCUUACAGGCCAGCAGUGUAGUAUCCCUAGUCAGGUUUUCACGGAAUGUGGUUCAUCAUGCGUACAAAGUUGUCGCGACUUGUCACGUGCUACAGAAUGUAACGAGCAGUGUGUUCCCGGAUGUCAAUGUCUCCAAGGAUUGGUUCUCAGCGACGAUAAGAAAUGUAUUCCGGUGGCGAAGUGCCCAUGUGAAUUUGAGAGUAAACCACUCCAGCCUGGCGAGAGCGUUGCCGUUGGGAAUUGCAAGACAUGGUGAGUAUGAUACUGAUUUAUGUUUUGUCCUGAUCGCUAUCCGCUGGAUAAGUGAUUUAACCGCCUUAGCUAUUCACACAAAAAGUCGCUUGGUGGUAAAAUGCACAUCUGUUGUCAUUGUCAUUAUUGUUGUUGUUGUUGCUGUUGCUGUUGUUGUUGUUGCUGUUGUUGUUGUUGUUGUUGUUGUUGUUGUUGCUGUUGCUGUUGCUGUUGUUGUUUGUUGUUUGUUGUUGUUGUUGUUGCUGUUGCUGUUGUUGUUUGUUGUUGUUGUUGCUGUUGCUGUUGCUGUUGUUGUUGCUCUUGCUCUUGUUGUUGUUGUUGUUGUUGUUGUUGUUGUUGUUGUUGUUGUUGUUGUUGUUGUUGUUGUUGUUGUUGUUGUUGUUGUUGUUGUUGUUGUUGUUGUUGUUGUUGUUGUUGUUGUUGUUGUUGUUGUUGUUGUUGUUGUUGUUGUCUUGAUGUUGUUGUAUGAAUAAAACAAUCUUUAUAUAAAUGAAUAUUUAGAUGUCUUUUUUGCGAUGUGGUACUGUCUACUUCUACAGUUUAUUGAUCACGUGAUUUAUCACUUUUUACAGUACGUGUGACAAGGGAGCAGUCAAGUGUGUUGAAGAUCGAAACUGUGUAAGCAAAGGUAAGUUUUCGCAACCAGAGACCAACUGAUUGUAAGUUAAAUAGCGCUAUCCAGUAUGAAUAACGAUGUUGUGAGCCAAGCAACGCGUAUGGUCAAGCAACUUCGGCAAGGCUUCUUAAUUAAUAGACAGAUUUAGAUCGAGGACACGGACUUCAAAGACGACGUGAAAAUGGCGUCAAAAUGGCGUGGCAUAUCCAUACAUGGGCACAACAUGCCAUUUUCACGUCGUCUUUAACAUCCGCGUUCUCGAUCUAAAUCUGUCUAAUAACCACUGCAGAUCGGCAAAAAAAUGGCUAGUAAGCUAUGGCUGUUGGCUUCUAAUAGAUAGCAAAACUAAAUGUAUAAAUCCUACUAAUCUUUAAUCUGGGUUAUACCGAUUAUUUUACUUCGUCUGCAUGCUUAUAUUGUUAGGUCCGUGUGAUUCUUUCCCAUGUCGUAAUGGUGGUAUAUGUUCAGUGCAGGGAAGCACAUUUUCUUGUCAGUGUCCCAAUGAUUACCAAGGAAGCACGUGUGAAGGUAAGUUAUGAUUUUAAGUAUUUGCUGUUGCUUACAAAUUGAUCGGUGGUAAGACCCAGAUUUUUAUCAUUGCAUGAAGAAGCAGGUAGCGGCAAAGUAAGGGGAGUGGAUACAAAUUAAUGAUCAUUCUCAAACUCGAUAAUAAUUCAAGAGUAAAUUAUCCAACCAUAUUGCUUAUUUUGCUCACGUGAAAUUACUGCAUAUCUGGUACAGUACAAUGAUCCUGUCCUAGAACUGAAUGAAUAUUAGUUCUGUACUUGGCUGCAUGGAUCAAAAUUAUCAUGAAUUCUAUUUAAGUCAAAACAUAGUUAGAACACUCAUCAUACACUUUCUGGUAAUCUAGAGUUUGCAAUCUCUCUUGUAACAACUCGUGACUUCCAACUCUCAUAUACGUUUGACUAGGGCUUAAUACGUACAUAAUCGGCAUAAAAUAUUUAACUCUUUACAUUCUCCCCAUGGUAACGUCCUGCUAACUACCAUAUUUGGUGUAUGACAAUGCAAGGGUGUUAUUCCAACGAGUAUCAAUUAAGUAUUGUACCAACUAAGCCCGUUUUUCAAUUUUUCAUUCUGCUAAAUUGUUUUUUAAUUUGCUUAUCUUCAUUAAAUAACUUUUUUAGAGCUGAAACCGAAACCAUGUGACUCACAACCAUGUCUUAACGGCGGCGUUUGUACGAAUGUAGGCUCCUCGUUUUCGUGCGAGUGUUCGAAAGGUUUCAAAGGAGACACUUGUGCAGGUAGGUGGGGCUUCGGUUGCGAGUUGGUUUUGCGAUGAGACUAUAAAGUCAGUAUUAUGGAGGUAUAAUAACGGUGCCUUGCCAUUUUUAGAUGCAGAAUGCGUGGACAAAAAGCUAGACAUUCUCUACGUAGUCGACGGCUCAGGAAGUAUCAGGGACGCUAACUUUGAAAACAUUAAGAUGGAACUGAAAGAAAUGAACGGAAAAUUUGCCAUCGGGCCUGAUAAGAUACAAAUAGCUCUGAUGCAGUUCGGCAGAACCACUGACACAAAAAUGGAAUUUAAGCUUGGUGAGAAAACCUCGUUGCAAGCGGUUAAUGAAGGUGUGGAUAACAUGAAGUGGUUAAGCUCGCUUAAAACAGCAACUUUGGAUGCAUUGAAGAAAGCUAGAGAACAGGUAAGACUCGUUUAUAUUUUAUUUAAAUUAAUGACAUUUAUUUAUUUUCUAGUAGAAGACGCAGUGGCGGAUACAAGGGCGGAGGGCAAGCCUAACCCAAUAAUGUUUCAUGGCCUUCGAAUGAUAGUUAAAUAACUGUGUAACAAAGCUGUAACCAUUUUUCAACAAUGAAAGUAUUGGUAAAGGCUACAAAAUUAAUUGUUAUAUAGUUGGUGUCAAAGUUCAAUUUUUCUGUUUGCCGAUUGGUCAAAACCGUAUCACGUGCCGGUCCACAAAACGUCAUGUUCGGCAACCGGUCCGCAAUGAAACAUUUAUUGACCGGUCAAUAAUAAAAUGGGUGCAAUACGCAUGCGUGUCAACCAUGAAGUUCCAAAGUUAAUUUUUAAACUUUUUACUAAACAUUUACGGCGUUCCAUUUAUCCAGUUUUGGUUUCAAAUUAAGUUCACUCCAAUAACCGGUGAAAUAUUCAUACUUUGACACUUAUAUACUAUAUAACAAAACACUUAUUUACUGAGACCUCGGGAAAGCAGUGUGUUUUGUGGCCCCUCGACCGCCGUUGUUGCCCUCGGCUUCGCCUCGGGCAACAACGGCGGUCUCGGGUCUACAAAACACACUGUUUCCCUCGGUCUCAGUAAAUAAGUGAUAAUUAAGUGAUGGUAUAUAUGUUCAUCGAAAACCGCCAUUUCUCUCAUCAAAACAACUGGUUACUUUCGAUUGAUAAGAACAUUGUUCAAUUUUUUUCAUUUAAAAAAAAAUAGUAAAAUGUGAAGGUGGGACCAUUGAGGUGGGACCACAGGCAUUCCCGGGGCUGGGGGGGGGGGACAAAAGGGGAUCAUAGGAAAUUUUUUUAAAAGUUCACAAACAGCUCAACCCACUCUAAACUUUCUGAAAAUUGUCGAAAACCAUUUCCCUCAUCAAAACAAUUACUUUCAACUAAUAAAAAAUAUUUUGAAAAAUUUUGGUAAAAUGCAAAGGUGAGACAACAGGCAUCCCUAGGGUGAACAAAGGGAGGGGGGACAGGAAAUUUUUUAAAAAUUCAUCCAACCCACUCCUAACUUUCUGAAAAUUGUCGAAAAACAUUUCUCACAUCAAAACAGUUAGUUUCGACUGAUAAAAUCAUGUUUUUAAAAAACAUUUGUAUUUUUUGAUAUUAUACCUGGUUGCUGUGAACCAAUAUAUUCUAAAACAUGUAAACGUUAUUUUUUUAUCUGCGUUAGGUUUUUAACGGUGAAGGCGGAGACCGUAACGCUGCUGCUAAUGUUUUGAUACUAUUUACUGAUGGGGUAGCGACGGACGCGAACGAAGUUGACCAGAUUCAGGAAGCUCAGAAAUUGAAGGAUGCCGGAGUGAAGGUUAUCACUGUUGCAAUGGGGAGCAAAAACUUCAUUGAAAGCUAUCGAUCAACCCUACAAAAGUUAGCAAGUGUAGACGACGAAACUGGUCAACCGCUUCAGUUUGAAGCUGGCUUUGACAAUUUGAACGACCUCACAAGUAAACUUGUAAAAGGAGCUUGUUAAGGUCAGCAAGAUGGAAAUGAGACCGCUGAAUUCAUUUGACGUUACGUAACAUUUUUUUAAUAUAGCAACAGCGCAUUAUGUGCUAGUUAUGACUCAAUAACUCUUUAAUAAUUAGUUAGUUUUCUAGUUAUAAGUACGUAAAAUAACUUCUUUAAGAGACAUUUACAGCAUGAGCUCCACCUUUGAAUUUACUAUAUGAGUAAAUUCUUAAACACGUCCGAAUUUAUCAUUAUGAUAAAUUCGCGGCAAAUUUUGAAUUUAUCAUAAUAAUAAAUUCGCGGCACCUAACACCAACCCUAACCCCAACCCUAACCACUAACCCCUAACCCCUAACCCUAACUUUUUUAACUUUUUAAAUUUCUUUAACUUUUUUAAAAAUCUAACUUUUUAAACUUUUCCUGCUUUUCAAAACUCUUUUAAAACUUUCUUAAAAACUAUUUUUUUGGGUGACAUCUAAUUCUCGUUAACCAAUGCAGACAAUUAAAACACUGUGGAAAGCAAUUUUUCAAAAUAAACUAACCAUUUACACAAAGCAAAUUUACCAUCAUUCGUCCAAAAAUUCAUAAAAAGUCGCUGUUAUGUGGACUUAUCUCGCAGACUUCGGCUAAAAAGCCACCCAAAAAUGGCGGAGUGAGAAAGGCUAAUUCGGCUACUGUUUGCCGAUCCCGUGAUCAAUAAAGCAGCCACUUUAAAACGUUUCGGUGACAUAUUUAUGCAUCAGAUCAAGUAUCUCCACGGGUGGCCAAGUAACAAUUCGUAGCUCACACUUUUGUCCAUGCUUGGGCCUCUAUUAUAUAUAACAACAAAGUUUAAAAACAACUAUUUCCUAUACAUAUAUUGCGUGUCGGGUACUUACCAAUUACCAUAACCAAGCCAUAUUCUCAACUAUUUUUUUCAUCAAACAUCUUUAAAAUUCUGAAAGCAAAUCGUAUAUGGCAGUGUAAUCAAACGAUGUCGAUAAAAUGUUGAUUAUCUUUAACACGAAUUGGUUACUCAUAUAAAUAUCUGAUCAAAAUAAAUAUGCUAUCAAAACGUAAGAACACAACUGCCUACCGAGACCUGUGCCGUAAUUUAGAGUUAAAUAUAAACAAUUACACCCUAUGUACUUUCUGUUAAAAAAUGAAGGCUAUUUAUGAUUCACCUGCAAAUUAAAAUACCACACAAACGGUGGGCAUUUUGUCGCUAAUUUCUGGUAAUGCAUGAGGAGAGCCGGCAUAAUCAAGUGGGCCAACUAGAAACUUGUACGCAGUUAUAACAUCAUAAAUUCUACAUUUGUUUAUUUUGUUUCGGGUGACAUAGCAGAUUUUUCAG